AUGGAUGAAGCUUAAAAAAGUUAUCUAAAUUUAUUGAAGAAGACUUUUGAAAAAAGGCAGGAGUUUAUUAGAUAUGAUGUUGUCCUCUUUCAACAAUUCAGAAAUAAAUUGACUGUUCACAGCGCAGCAAUCUCAAGGAAUUCAGAAAUGCUUGUGUGUGGUUGUAGCAAGAGCAUCAUUAUCUUAUAUGACCUUAUAUCCAAACAGGCUAUAAAGGCAUCAAAUAAAAAGCAAUUGCAAUUUAGAAAACAUCAAAUAGUAACUGUUGCAUUUUCGAAUUGUUAUGACUAUAUCAUCGCAGGAAAUACUAUGGGUGAUUUGCUAAUAUAUGAAAUUACAAUUGACAUUUAAAAUUAGAAAUUUGAGUUAGAUCUUAUGAGAUUUGUCCCGUAAUAUCAUGAAAAAGCAUUGCAAAUAAUUUUUCACUCAAGCAUAGAUCAUUUAUUAACGAUCAGCAGUGACAAACUUAGAGUUACAAUGAUAAGUGAGUUUAUUCAACAUGAAAACAUUGAUGAAUCUUAGAUUUAAAUCAGUCAAAAUUUAGGAGGGGCUACAACUUCCAAAUUGUCCUAUCAUAAUGGUCAUUAUUAUUUAUACAUAGGAAUGAGAAACAAUAAAAUAGUUCAAAUUAGAUCAUCCCAGCUAUAUUCAAAACCUAAGAAUGAAACAUUUGUUUAUUCGAUUAAUAGCUCGAGUUCUGUGAUCAGUAAACUAGAAGUAUCAAAUGAUCAGUCUCUACUUGCAAUCGCCUACCAAAGUGCAUAGUAAGAGUAAGGAAACUUGUAGAUUGUGUAUUUAAAAAAAGGAAAGUAAAUAUAUUCAUAAAAUGGGAUAACAAAAUUAAAAAUAAGUUAGCUUUUAUUCUUUAACUCGAAUUCUCACUUAUGCAUUAGUUCUUGGGAUGGUACCUUUCAUAUUUUGGACAUUAAAAGUAAAGAAAUAUUAAAGACAUACUCUCAUGUAAUGCAUGAAUAAGGAGUGAUAACCUUCUUUCCUUUAACAGAGGUUUCAGAGUUUCCAAAUCUAAUAUCUGUAGGGCAGGAUCAUCAAAUAAAGAAAUAUUAUUUCGGAAAAAUAAAAGAAUAGCUAUUCGAAUAUAUUCCAUUCAUUUUUUGGGUUGAAUAACGAAUAAGAUAAGAGUUAUAAUUCUAGAGUGAAUUGCAUAAUUAUUAAAAAUUACUUUACAUAGAAAGCAUGGGAGUAGAUAGCGUUAAAAUGAGAGAAUUAAAUUAAAGUAUUUUUGGAUUCGAAAAAUUUGACCCAUUAAUUAAAAGAAUAAUAGACUAUAGCGAAUACAAGGAGAGAGCAUUCUAUUUAUAUAAAAAAUAUGAAUCAGAAAUGUAACAAACAAUAGCCUCUUCAAUAUAAAGACCAAAUAAAUUACCUCCAUUAGAUUUACAGUAAAAGAAUCCAUAAGUUGAUGCCCCUUAAAACCUUAUUCAAAGUGGAAUUUUAGUAAAUCCAAUUUAAAUUCAAGAACCUUUAAAAAUAUUUUCUGAAUAUUUUUCAUUCACUUUUAAACGAAUUUCUGAUACAAUUAUCUAUGACAGAAUUAAGUUGAUGGUUCUAUAAAAAUGCAAUUUCAUUUUUGAUGAAAGAUACCCUUUCAAAUAGCAUUUAUUCUCCAAUCUAAAACGAAUGAAAAAUUUAAAAUACUUAGACCUUUCAUAUAAUUCUUUGUACCUUGAAGAUGUAUUAUAAAUUCUAGAAUAACUAAAAAAUGUCACUUUGUUGGAUUUCUUAAGUUUAGCUCAUAAUAAUUUAGGAGAUAGUUCAACCAUUAAAUUCAAUAACUCUGACGCCAUUAUGAGACUUUUAGAUGAAGUUGAGGCAAUAUCCUUAAGGUCUAAUAAUUUGUCAGAUAUUGAUGGAGAAUCUAUUUUGAAUUAAAUAAAACAUUUUAAAAAAUUAAAAAUAUUAGAUGUUUCUGGUAAUUUAUCCUUUAAAGAUAAGACCUUAUAGGCGUUAUAGAGAAUAACAAUUCUGUAAAAUAAAAUUGAAUUUUCUUCUUAAAGAAAUGAUUUUCUAAAUUUCUUAAAUAAUAUUAGAAUUUUAUAAGAGAAUGAAUAGUAAGAAGAACUUGAAGAUUAGAUGAAAUCUUAAGAUAAGCAAAGUAAUUUAGGAGAAAAUGAAAAAUUAAUUGAAAAUCUGCCUGAACAGCAACCUUCCUAGACUUUUGAUAGAUCGGCUUCAAUGUCUAGUUCUGGUAAUUAUAUGUCAUUGCAAUUGUUAUGUAUUUAAUUUUAAAAGGAGGUUUGUGAAUAAGCGAUGAAAACGGCAACAGAUUUUUUGGUUUAAAGAAAAAUAACAAACUUAUAUAUAUAUGUUGUUGAUAAUAAGGAGGAUGAUGUGUGGGAGACAUCAAUUUCAAUUUAUUAUACAAGAGGACUGAAAAAGCUGAAUGAUUAUAUAUUUGGUUGCUUAGGAGGAAUUAUUUUAGUAGUUUUUUCAUGUUUUGUAGGGAUUUAUUAAAUCAUCAGAUAGGAAGGUUUCUAUUGUAUUAGAAGAAUCUUUUGUACAAAUUACUGUUUAUGGAAAUAUUUAGCUUGUGGAUUUUGUACUUUCUUAACUACAUCCUUUGGAAAGUUUAUUGUUAAAUUAUUUGGUGUAGAACAAUCCUACUUUGAGUAUAAUCCUAAAAUAAUAAAUCUAGAAUAAGAAUUAAUAAAUAUCAAAUAUAAAGGAUUUAUCCUUUUUACAAUAUAUUUUAUCAGCUACUAUUUUGUAGUAGUCUUUCUACCUAUAAUAUUUGUGAAUGCUUGCUCUGGUCAAUAAUGGUUAGGUCAUUUGAUUUAUAUUGCUUUUGCUUGUUAUUCCUUUCUUGUCGAAGGCUAUCUUGGUUUAACAAUCAGUAAUCUUAAGGUUACUACUAAUGAAUAUACUGAUGGUAGCACACUGGCAAGAUAUUUUUACAUUAUCAAAGAUCUAUUAAUCAGUCAAUUAACCAAAUUUGAAUUGUACACAUGCAUUUGUUUCAUUGUGCUAGUUGAUUCUUGUUAAAUAUCAGUUGCUAUCGCUUGGAUAGGAGUUGGGAUAAUUUGUUUUAAUUUACUAUUAGAUUUAGCUUUAAUAGUUAGAUAUUUAUUAAUACCUUAUAUAAAUCAAAAGAAACCUUCCUAUAUAGAUAUUUUUACGCAGUUUUCAACUCUUUAUUAAAUGAAUAUUGUCACAAAUUUACUUGAAAAAUGGUCUGAAUAAAAUACAAUAUAUAUUUUUUUCUUGAAAUCAGAAGUACCCUAAAAAGUUGUAGUUUCAAUUAUCAAAACAUUUUUUCAAGACACUCCAUUACUUAUUUUAUAAGCUGUUUACUUAGGUAUGAAUCCAACUCAAAUCAAAAUUUAAAUUUUCAUCGUUUCAUUUACAACAGUGGUCAUUCAUUUCAUAUUUUCUAUGAUCAAAAUGUUAUCAAUUACAAGAGCUGCCAAAAUCAAUGAAGAAAUUGUUUUAACAGAAGUUUCAAAAGUUAAAUUUCAUAAUAAAUAAAUAAAAAUAAUUCAAGAAUUAAAAAAAUUUAUUAGAAACCUCAAAAAAAAGUUCUAAAAUAUAAUCACUUAACAUAAUUAGAGGAAUGAAAAUUUAAUCACUUCUUUAGUAGAUGCUGAAAGAGCCUUACUUAAUAGACCUCAUACAAUGCAAAAUUUUGAAUUAUAUCUCAAAUAAAAGAGCUCUAAGAUCCUACCAGCUCGAAAGGGAAUUACAUAAAUAGGUAAUAAGAUCUAAAGGAUUAAUGUUUCAAAAAAUUAGAAGAUUAAUUAAGAAGAGCUUCAAAAAUUAAUAUCUGUGAAAGCCUCACUAGAUAUAUUUGGAAAUAAAGUAAAAAGUUGGAAGAUAAACAAUGAAAUACCGCUUGAUCUAACUGAUGUCUUAUUAAAUGAUGUUCCUAGAUAAUUUUUUACUAUUGAUUUGGAUUGGGAGGCAAGCUAACCUUGGGUUGGAAACAUGAGAAUAUCUUCUUUGAAAUAAGAGAUCGAAGGACUUAAGAUGGCCUAUAGACACUUUUAAAAUUCAGGUGAUUUAAAUAUAUUGGAUUUAGGAUUUGGUUCAGGAUAUAUUUCUUUUUUUUUAUUGGCAUUAGCGUUAAAAAGGAAAAAGCUCUUUUCAAUUCAGUUGCAUUUAGUAGAUCAUCAUCCUGAUGCAAUCAAGUAUUUUGAAUAAAAGCUCAAUACAGAAUUUUCCCAUUUAAAAAAGAUAUGUAAAAUUGAAUAUCACUUACACGAUUGUUUUGAAGGUUUAAACUUAUUUUAAGAUUAAAAAUUCAACUUUAUACACCUUGGUUAUGCAACAACUAAAUGGAGAAUUCAAAGAGAUAUAAUACCAUUACUUUCUGAUGAUGGAUUGAUUUUUGGUUACGAAACAGUAAGCAGUUUAGAAUAAAAAGCAUUUUCAUGGAGUUAAGCCCAAAAAUAAAUGGUUUAUUCAUAAAACUUAGAAUAAUAUGGAAUAAUGGAACCACUGACUAUCCAACUAAAAGGAGUUGAUUAGAAUUUUUUAGAUAAUCAAAUAAAAUAACAAUUAGAUAUCCUUAAUCAUAUACGGUUGUAUGAUUAAUGCGCUUUAUGUGAAAAAAAGCUAAGUAAAGAAGAUAAAUAAUUUAUUAAUCAUUAUUGGGGAGAGGUAAUUUGUUUUUCUUGUGGAAAUGAGCAAUUAGAAUAAUAGGGUGAAGAAAUUGACAUAGCAAAAAUUAAUUAUAGAUGCAACGUUAUAUACUACACAGGCAGCAAUUGCAAAUUAUCUUAGAUAAAACAAAUUUCUAUUUUGUUAGAGAACUUAACUUAUCCAUUUGGCCAUAAGGUUGGAACCAUUCGAGAAUAUUCUUAUGUGUGCUCAUCUUGCAAUUCUAAACGAGGAUUUGGAUUUUUAUACAAAUGCUUAAUUUGUGAUUCUGUGCAUUAUUGCAACACUUGCGGACUGUAAUUAAUGAGAGAUAAUUAAAUGAAGUAUCAUUCUGCUUGCAAUUAAGAUCAUCCUCUAUUGAGAAUAGUUUUUCCAUCAAAGACAUAAAAAGGGAAAAAAUGA